AAUAGAAUGCUCAGGCUCGCGGCGAGAAGGCUCCCCGCUCUGGCCCGAAGGGCCGUCUCCGGCUCGUCGGAGUUCCAUCCCCUCUCGUUGCGCCGGAGCCAUGCCUCCGACUCGGAGGGUCUUCUCCCUCCCCUCUACAAUAACCUCGAUUUGAGAUGGAGAACGGGUUUGGGGAGUGGUUUCUUGCGUCGAUUCUCUUCAGUCAAUCAUAGAGAUGAUAUUGACGAGGCUGCACUUGAGGAAGAAGCUGAAAAGAAAAUGGGAUGGUUGUUGAAACUCAUCUUUAUAGCCACUGGAUCACUUGUGGCUUUUCAGUUCUUUCCUUACAUGGGGGAUAAUUUGCUGCAACAAUCCAUCUCACUCCUACUAGUCAAGGAUCCAUUGUUUAAGAGAAUGGGAGCGUCUAGAUUAGCCCGUUUUGCAGUUGACGAUGAAAGAAGGAUGAAAGUAGUGGAGAUGGGUGGAGCUCAAAAACUUCUUGACAUGUUGGAGGUUGCAAAAGAUGACAAAACUCGCAAAUAUGCACUGAAAGCUCUUGUAGCUCUUUCUCAUUCAGAUGCUGCUGCUGAGGUUUUGCACCAAGCAGGAGCAGUUCCCAUUGUUAGUUGCACCCCAGACUCCGUCGAAUACUCUGAAAUAGGAACUUACAAGUCCAGCCUGCUUAAAAGAUUUGAGGAUUUGAAACGUGAAGCCAGAGUUAAUUAACUCGGCAUUCUUCAUCGCUGAGUAACUUUAAUGAGUGAUCUCUUGUGUGUCAAAGAUCAAAUAUGGAAGUCAGGAAUAAAUUUAAUUUUGUUGACGAUGGUGAUGUUUUCGGUUGUGUUACUUGAUGAUGAUGUUGAUGAUUUCCAACUCUCCAACCGGGGAAAUUUGCUUCACUUGAAUCAUUUUAUUUGUGGCUAUAAAAAAAUUUCAAUAUUGAUAUGAGAGAUUAGAUUUGGAACAAUGCUUUGUGUGUU